CAUAGACAUACGUUAAUGUCAUGCAUAUACUACAACAAACUGUUAUUUAGGAUUUCUAUAUUCAAGUUUUAGAAAAGUUUUUAAAUACUUUUUAUUCUUUACAAUAAAAUAAUCAAAUAUGGAUGAAUUAAUUGGUCCUAAUCUUCAAAUUAAAUUGAGUGUUAAAGAAGGAAGAGGUUUCAAUAAUAUAAUCUAUCCAACUAUUAUUGUUGCUACAAUAAAUAAUCAUUCACUAGAAACAAAUAUAUUUGAAACUGAUUCCAAUCCUCAGUAUGCCACAGAUUUAGUUUGGGAAGUUGAUAAAAAUACAGUACGAAAAAUGAGAUCUGCACAAGUGCCAAUAAAAGUAGAAUGUUUUAUAAUUAAAGAAAGGGAUUUUAAGGAGAAAAUUGGGUACUUGCUGAUAAGUAUUCGAUCAGCUCAAAUUGUCACUAAAAAUAGAAAAACAACUAUUAAAUCUUCUUGGAAUACUUUGUUAGGAUUAAAAGGUGAUUUGAAAGUUUGUAAACCAGAACUUAUGCUUUCAUUAACUGUUGAAGAUCAAGAUAGAGAAAAUGCACAGUUGAAGGAAGAUUUGGAUAUGAAUUCGUUAUUCUCAAAAAAUGGCAUAGAAGACAAGCAUUUGAUUCGAUUGGGUCCACCAGAUUUAUGUCGAGACAUUUUUUUACUACACAUCUCAACUAACAUGGCAGCUAAUCUUGACCUUCUUGCCAAAGAAUCAGUCAAUUUUGAAACUUCUUUUACGUUCUGGUAUCGUAUUUUCGAAAGUGACUUUCAGCUCAAACCUUUCAGAAGCAAUGAUGCCAGUUCUUGGAUGUUGAAUGAAAAAAUAGUAAUAAAAAUUGAAAGUUCAUUAAAUAUUUUAAAAAAUUAUUUACAAACAAAGCCAUGUAUGGUGGUUUCUUUAAAAAAUGAAAGUAAUUUAAUUGGACGAGCAGAAGUUGAUCUUCAUUCUCUCGUGCCCACUGAAAAUAUUAAGGAAUUUUUGAGAAUAGCUGUGAAUUCAUCAAUUGUAUCAGAUCAUCAUUGCUUACUGUCAAAUGGCGCCAAAAUUGAUUGUGAAGAUCAUGUAAGGAAACCAUACGUUAGCCUUCAACUUGCAUUGCAAUAUGUGGGUUUAAAAAAUUCGCCAAGUUCCGAAAUGAAUCCAGACAGAUACGUUUCUUCCAACAAUUUAUUAAUUAAUAAAAUAGGACAGGAAACAUUACAACAGAAUUGUAAUCUAUUGAUGCAGAAUCAUUCGGAAGUAGGAUUUCACAGAAAUGCCGGGGGUGAUUUCAAAAAAUUUACAACUAGUGACCAGUGUUUUUGUACUAGUGCAAAUUUACAAAAGCAAUCUGUGAAUUAUGAAAUGAUUCACCAUCCACAAAAUCUAAUACACUGUUGCAAUGAAUAUUCAAAAAGUGUAGAAAUAUACCGUUAUUAUUCCUUGGAUAUUCAAUUGAACGGAAUUAUAUUAAACACUUUUUGUCCAAAAAUCCAUCAUGUUGAAUUUAGAUUCCAUCAUCCAAAGACUGAAAUCAUGUCCACAUUUCAUCCUACAAUGCCUAUUUUGCCUGGAGAAAGGAUGAAGCUUAAUAACGUUGGCUAUAAAUUAAAUUUUAUUUCUGCUGCUGAUGAGAUUAAAAAAUUGCUGCUUACUUUUCCACCGAAAAUCAGUAUUUGCGAUGUGAACGAAGAAUCGAAGCCAUGUCUCGCACAGACAAUUGUAGAUUUAAAGUGUUUAUUUGAUCACAAGUCCGAUUGUCAGUAUGAAGCAAUUUUGAUGGAUUCGGAUAAACAGAAUGUUGGAGUAUUGGAUGUUGUGAUUAAUUUGCAAGAUCAUGGUCCUUAUUAUAGAAAAAAGAAUAGAGUUUGCGAAGACCAUUUAGGACCACCAAUUUUGGACGAUAGUUUGAUUUAUAAAAUUGUGGAUGAACUCGAAACGUGGAAAGAGAGACAAAAGGAGAUAUUUAAAUCAGAGUUGAGAAAAAAAGAGGAGCGUCAUUUAAAUCUUUUGAGCACAGAAUGGCAAAUAAGAAGAGACAAUUUAGAAGCGAAAUUUACGAGUAGUGUUGAACAGUGUAAAUUAUUAGCUAAUACUUUAAAUUACGCGUCUGAAGAUUUGAAAACUAAAAAACUUGAGAGUAUUGAAAAGGAAGCAAUACUCAAUAGAGAAAAAGAAGAAUUACAGUGUAAAUAUAAUUAUAAAUUUCAAGAAAUUAAAGAGGCAUUUUUUAAGACACAAGAAGAUCUUUCUUUAAAGGUGAAGCACUUGGAAGAACAAAAUCGAAUUAUCAAAAUGCAACAAGAACCUUUGAAACGUGAGAAUGAAAAAUUACAAGAAAUUGUAAAUAAACAAUCAGAAAAACUUGAAAUUUAUGAGAAAGGAACAUUAACUCAAGAUCAAACAGCUUUGUUUUUACAAGAAUUGAAAAGUCUCGAAGAAAAAUUGAGUAAUGCACAGAAAUGUAAAUCAUUUUUUAAAGAACAAUGGGGAAAAUCUGUUAGAGAAAUACACAAAAUGAAAAUAGAAAAUCAGCAUGCUGUUGAAUUACAAAUUAAGAAUAAUAAAGAAGAGUUGAAAUAUUUGAAUAUGGAAAACAUUUUGAACAAAGACCAGGGAUUACCAAACGAUCACGUUUUUUUGGAACACUUACAAAAGGAGAUGAAUUUAAUAAAAUCUAAAUCAACUUCCACUGAGAAUAAUACCAAUGAUCAAAUUUUCGCUCCCAUUAAUAAUACUGCUUUAAAAUCGAAUCGAAAUGGUUUGACAUCUGAAUGGACGACAAGAUCUGAUGAACAGGAAGAAAAAUUACGUGUUUUAAUUGAAGAAAGAGAUUCACUUUUAAAGACAGGAAGCUAUAGUAUAGACGAUGCAGUAAUUGUUAAAUUAAACACCGAAAUAAGAUCACUUUUAAUCCUUGGAUAAUAAAUAUGUCGUCGUGGAAGAAAGCAGCGAAAACUGGA